AGCGCUCCGGGCCCUUCCGGGGCCUUUCGGCGGCAGCGGAAGUGGUGCUGCCCGGGCCGCUGUGGUAGUCGCACCGUCCCGGUGGCUGCGGAGCCGGCGCGGGUGGCGCUGGAGGGGACGGACAGGACGGUGGCGGGCGAGGCCAGCGGGCAGGCGGAGAGAUGGCGACAGGCGCAGAUGUGCGGGACAUCCUGGAGCUGGGUGGCGUGGAGUCGGAGAACACAGGCACCAUCAACAAAAAGGAUAUCAUUAACUCGGAUAAGAAAAAAUCCAAGAAAUCUUCAGAGACAUUGACGUUUAAGAGGCCAGAAGGGAUGCACCGAGAAGUUUAUGCACUCCUCUACUCUGACAAAAAGGAUGCACCUCCACUGCUGCCAAGUGAUACAACUCAGGGUUAUCGAACAGUCAAAGCAAAACUGGGGUCCAAGAAAGUCCGGCCUUGGAAGUGGAUGCCUUUCACCAACCCAGCGAGAAAAGAUGGAGCGAUGUUCUACCACUGGAGGAGGGCAGCAGAGGAAGGGAAGGACUACCCUUUUGCCAGGUUCAAUAAAACAGUGCAGGUACCUGUCUACUCGGAGCAAGAGUACCAGAUGUAUCUCCAUGAUGAUGCGUGGACCAAAGCUGAGACAGACCACCUCUUUGACCUGGCUCGGCGUUUUGAUCUGCGCUUUGUGGUGAUUCAUGACCGUUAUGAUCACCAGCAGUUCAAGAAAAGAUCAGUGGAGGACCUGAAGGAACGGUAUUAUCACAUCUGUGCCAAGCUGGCUAAUAUUCGUGCAGCUCCAGGCACGGACCUGAAAAUUCCAGUCUUCGAUGCUGGCCAUGAGAGGAGAAGGAAGGAACAACUGGAACGGCUGUACAAUAGGACACCAGAGCAGGUGGCAGAAGAAGAAUACCUCAUCCAGGAGCUCCGCAAAAUCGAAACCAGAAAGAAAGAGAGAGAAAAGAGAACCCAAGACCUGCAGAAGCUCAUCACAGCUGCUGACACCACCACAGAGCAGAGACGUGCUGAGCGCAAGGCUCCCAAGAAGAAGCUGCCACAGAAGAAGGAGACAGAGAAGCCUGCUGUUCCUGAGACUGCUGGCAUCAAGUUUCCUGACUUCAAAUCUGCAGGUGUCACGCUGCGAAGCCAGAGGAUGAAACUGCCAAGCUCGGUGGGACAGAAGAAGAUUAAAGCCCUGGAGCAGAUGCUGAUGGAACUCGGAGUAGAUCUCAACCCUAUGCCCACAGAGGAGAUCGUGCAGAUGUUCAACGAGCUGCGGAGCGACCUUGUGCUGCUGUAUGAGCUGAAGCAAGCCUUUGCCAACUGUGAAUAUGAGCUGCAGAUGUUACGGCACCGCUAUGAGGCCCUGGCCAAAGCUGGUAGUAUUGGCCCCCUCAGCGCGGAAGGCGCCCAUCCGGAUGGCCAGGCAGGCCUCAGCAUCGAGGAAGGCAAAGGAGAUGCCAAGGACCAGAUCAUUGAUGUAGUAGGAGCACCACUGACCCCCAACUCGGUGAGAAGGAAGGUUGUGGGGGCAGAACAGGGAGCACUCAGGUCUCCAACGCAGAUGCCCUGACAAGCGCUGGGGAUGCUGUCCUGCUCUCCCUCCAGGCGUGCGCGUCCAAGGGAGCACAGCACGCCUGUUCCCCCCAAGUCCCAGUGCUGCUCUCCGGGCUCGUCUCCUGUGCUGGACAGUGUUCUUGGUGCUAAUAGGUGGGGUCAGCAGGGCUUUCUACAUCCUGCAUGCAGGCAGAUGGUUUGACGUGGGUGCCACCGUGGACCAAAGCAGCAAGGCUUUGGGUGACGAGAGCUUGCGUUAGGGCAGCAACAGUGAUGCCAGUACAGCUGCCGGCCUGAGGCAUUUUCCUUCUAGACACAGCCCCAUAAGGGUUGCUCAGCAGAGGGAAGCAAGUGGGGAAAGCAGUCUUGAGAUGAUGAGCCGUGACCUGCCCAAGUCCUUGGAGUCAAGCAGUAGCCCUGCCUGGAGCCAGAGGCUCGGGAAGGAGAGAGGUGUUUGAAGAGCAAAGGGGUGUUUUUAUGCCCUACUUCCAACGUGAGAAAGGAAAGCCAGACCUAGGGGUUCUUUCACUGCGAGCCUUGUGACAAUGUCCUGUGCGUGUACUUCCACAGGAUGCAAAUCACCAGCCUCUCCUCCCUGCCUCCGUGAGGGCAGGCUGCCCCCGUGAGGGCAGGCUGCCCAGCCCCUCACCACUGCCUCAGGGCCAAGGGUAUGCCCGGAGAUCAGCUGAGAUUGCUUUCCCCUCUGUGCAGUCCCCUGGCACAGCUGAGCUGAACUGCCUGAUGAAAGCUGCCCGUCUCCACACAGUGGCAUCCUCGACGCCUUGAAUAUACUGCCCUGGUAGUGGCACAGACCUUUACUUUCUAAAAUGUAUAAUGUAUUGCAGGAUAUUGAGAACACCGUAUUUGUCAACGGCAGAGGUGAUAUGUUAAUCUGGACUUGAGUAAUGUCCUAUUUGAUUGUGACAAUAUGGAGUCGUAAGGAAGCAUUCCACUGAGACAGGUUCAUGUUUGCAAAGGAGUCUUCUGAAUUAUUUUUAUUUUCCCCUAUUGUAUUCAAUCCGAAAUCUCGCCCCUCCCUGUUGUCCGGAGUGUUCUGGUUUGCAAACUUUUCGGGCUGAUUCACAACACAUUUGCUCUCCUUUGAGACUUUGCUUGUUGGGAAGGUGGGAGAGGUGGUGGUGAUGGUGGCCAUGGCUGCAGGAGGAAGGAGCCCAUGUGUGUGUUUCUGACCACAUUGUUCCUCAGUGCCACCUCCUGGAAUCAGAAACAAAGGGGUGGGCCCAGGCAGCACAGAGAGGGUUAAACUGACCUGGUCUCUGACAUAUUUGAAAGAAAUAUAAUCAAGUUAAUUCACUGCAAGGCAAAUUCAGUACCUAAAGGGCCCCUAUGUUAAAUACAGCACUGACCUUUACCGGCUGAUUACACAAAGACGACACAAUUAGAUUAGUCCAAGACAAAAGGUCAAGCACAUUCACACUGUGACCAUUUUAUGCUACCUUUUGAGGGGGGUGGAAAUUACAUCCCAGCUGGAGGGGUAUCUUGGAGAGGAGGGGAACGGGGCUGCUGUCCCACGUUCUGCCUGGCUCAGGUAUAUUUGGAGAGUCAGGCAGGGCCUGGCACUGUGCUUGACCUGAACCUUUCCUGCGGUUCUGGGCACUGAGGCGGUGGGAGAGACCAGCAGCCUGUGGCCCAUAACCAGCUUUUCCAAGGAUGGGCUGAGCUGAGUGGAGGCCGUGUGUUGGUGAUGCUGCUGGCCCUGCCCAGAGCUGGCAGGAGCAGCCCCACUGCCUCUCGCUCACAGUCACAGCUAAAAUUGGCCUCUGCAAGGUCAGUGGGCUGGGGUCAGCCCUGAGAAGGGAGGGGGGUGAGGUAGUUGCUGGCUCUUUGGCUGGUGGGGUGCAUACACAUGUCCCCACACUGCAGAGUGAUCGCCCUGAGGUGUCCCAGGUCCUGGUGCAAUGGGGACAGCGUGGGAGGCAGCGUGCCCAAAACAUGGCGCUGAGAAAGCAGCCUGCCUCUGCAAGUACAGUGCUUCUCCCCCACCCUGGGGUGCUUGCAGCAGGGGUGGCAACUUUGGUAGCACAAACAAGCAGCUCUCUGUAGAGCAAGUGUUUUGCUGGGAUGUAUCUGGCCUGUCUGCUCAGCAGCGUGACACACGCAAGUCCAGUGGUGCUUUGUAGUGGCCUCUCCCUCCCUUGCCUCCUGCAGCCCUGGCCAUGGGUUCUUGGCGGCUGACACCUUGCUCUUCCCCUCGCCGAGGCUGCUUCAGCGGUUUAACCCUGCCACCAGCCUUGAACUCCGGAGUUGAAGCGUGUGCUUUGCCACUGAGCUGCUGGGGACCCUGAGGGAAUCAUUUAAUCUCCCUGCUUCAAAUUCCUCUGAGUUGGAGAAUCCCUUUGUGCUGUCUAGCACUGCCCAUCCAUGCCACUCCACAUGUUGGAUUAAGUAUGGAUUAGUUCAGCCUCCAAACCAGCUGCUCCCCUGAAGCCUGGUUUGUUUCCCUGGAGAGAAGUAUCUUGCUCCAGAUGUUGGAGGGAGUGAGUGGCAAAGCCAGGAAUAGGACUAGGAGUCCUGACUCCUGAGCCCUGCCUGGCAUGCCUGGAUUCCUUUCCAGGAAUUGGCAUGAAUGGGCAAAGGCACACCAGGGUCCUGAGGUGCUGACUGUGGCAACAGCAGGCUGCCGCUGGCCCCCUUGGUCAGCACUGGGGACGGGGGACAUCUCAGCAGGGUAUUUCAGCCAGGUUAGGAGAGGCGUCUGCCUGUCUCUGCAGCGAGACCCCGCGGGGCAGCGGGAAGCCUGGCACUGCUCUGCCCUGCCGUGUCCACCACAUCUCUCCUACCCUGGCUGCCUGUCCACCCUCCCCGAGGGGCUGUGGUACCCAUCGCUGACCAUUAAAGCCGAGCUGGGAUCCCCCCAGCGCUGUCUGCUGCUGACCCCGGUAGGGACUUUACUCUGGGCCUUCGGGAGGUGAAAGGUGAGCCGAACUUGGAACAAAUUAGUUCCAAGCAGAAGUUCAGCCAGUUACUCCAGAUUGGAUCCUUUGAUUUCCGCAACUCAGACUCCACUCAGUGAUCUGUAAUGAGUGACUCUCAGAAAUCCUCACAUUGCAGCACUUUGUUCCUGAGCUCACAAGUCAGCCCAUUAAUGGGUAAAGGAAAGGACCUUGAGUCUAAGAAGUCUCAGGUUCAGAGUCAGAAUUAUUUGACUUUUAAGCUUCCUUUAUCUGAACUCCUGCUGACUUCUUGUUUUCUGAGCCUGUUUGAAAGCUAGAAGUUACAUUGUUAAGAUCAAACAUUCUCUCUUUCCAGAUGGAGUUACAAUAUCUGUCUUUUAUAUAUAUAUAUAUUUUAAUAUAUAUAUAGUGCAUAUAUACCAGGGUGUAUAUAUAUUCCUCUUUUUUUUUUAAUCGUUCUUUCCAUUAAAAGAAACUAGACUUGUAGGCUCUUGUAAAUUAUAAUGUAAAACAUUUUUUUUAACCAGACAGUUCCCAAUUUUGCCCAAGGCAACUGGAAUAGCUGCGCCACAGAAGGCAAUAGGAAGGUGAUUAAUAUGAAUUUGUGACAUAUUUGAAAGAUGGGUCUUUUGCCAUAUAAAGAUUAUCAAACACAUGUGCUCUUCCCCAUUAAUUCCGUAGCCCUCCCAGGAAAGCCACAAAGCCCAGCUCCUUUGUUUCCAGGGUGGGUUUUUGUUUUUUUAAAUGUACCUUUCGGUCCCCUUGAUUACCAUGUAUUUGAUUUUUAUAGGGCAUCUGUUCACACUGCUGUGUGGGUUCUCUGGCCCUUUUAUUUCCCCGUUAAUCGGAUCCCGCGAAGGCAGCCGUGCCAGGGCCUCUGACGAAAUCCGUGUGUGUGUUGUAUUUAACUUUUAGCCGUGCAAAUUCCAUGCUCUGUUUGCCGUCUGCCCGGUGCCCAGCGGGGACUGGGGGCCGCUUUCCCGCCGGGGGAGGCAGCGGGGCCUCCCACCACGCACACUGCCGCCAGGAGCAGACGCGUGUGGGACCGGCAGGGCCAGAGGAGCAGGGAUGGGCUGGCCCGGCUUGUUUUGGAGAGUGUGUCGGUGCUGCCCUGUCCAUCCCCUGGGUGCUUGCCAGCCGGGGCAGUGGCUCUACUGGUCUUUGAGGACAGGGGUGGCUGUGGGGCUGGGCAUGGCAGGGACCUGACCGCGGUCACUGUGCCUGUGCAGCGUGUCCUGCAGUGCCAGCCUCCACUGCUGCCUGCAGUGUGCCGUGCAGCGGGGUCCCCAGGGCUCUGGCACUGCGCGUCCCUGCGGCACACAGUGACUGGGGUACCUGCUGGCUCUGGUGUGCCCUGUGGCACCCCGCACAGAGCCUGGCUUUGGGUGCUGAACCCGCCGCCGUCUUGGCCAUGGCAUCUGUGCGGUGCCUAGCACCAAGUGUCACUGCAACGCAGUGCAAAAGGCCCCAUCUUUCCUAGGGACAGAUUCAGCCUUGAAGCCUUGUCUGUGAAGAGCCCGCCAGUCUCACUCAGGUGUAUCAGUGCAUGUUGACCAGGAAAGUGGUGGGUUUUUUGAGGAGCCGUGGUUCUCUGUCAGUCUUCUGCUCUGUUCCUAGGCCACUUCAUGGCAGGUCUGGGUGGUGGAGGAGCAUUUCCAGGCUCUGCCCUGUCCUGUGCCAAGCAUCCUGGCCAAAACUGGCCAUAGCACAGAGCUGCUCUGCCCCUCUGUCAAGGCUCUGCUCCUUAGGGCUUGUUGCAUGCCAGCUUGCUUAGUCAGGGCUCCUGGCACCACUGGGUCUUGCAGAGCUCAGCCCCUUUAUCCUGCUCACUCCCACAGGCUGUGCACUGCAAAGAUGACGACCCACAGCCCUGUCCGUGUCAGGGACGUGACAUCCCCUGCAAGGGUGCCAUCCCAGCCCCUGGUCACUGCUGGAUUAGCUCUGUUCCUCCCAUCAUGCAAGGACCUGGCUGUGCCUUCAGCUGGGCAGGUGGCAGUGUGGUCCAUUGGGCACUGCCAAAUGUGAUGCCGGAGCCCCGUGGCCGGCUCUGGGACAGGCAGUUGUGUUUUCCCUGUGACCUGAGCGCUCCCACCCACUUAGCCUGGGUUUUUUUUUUUUUGUUUCCCGUCUCCCUCUUGGAGCAGAGAAAGCAGAGGGAGUUCACCUCCAGCUCCUCCUCCAUCAAGGUGAAGAAGCUGUGAGCCCCCUGUGCUGGGCAAGGAGGAGGUGUGGAGCCAUGUGCAGGAUCAGUCCCAUCCUGCACCCCCCAGAGACAGCUGUGGUUUGUUCUGGUGGUUUUCGUUUUUACAUGCCAGGUUUUUGUGAGCAUCCCUGUAGAUACAGAACCUGUCACUUGCACUGGAGCAGAGCUGUCAUUAGCCCUGGCGAGCCUGUGUGGAGCAGGGGGAGGCAGUGCAAGCCAGCUCUCCUCCGCCCUGGGCAGGCCAAGUGCCGCUAGCCACACUGGGAGCCCUGGCUGCCGGUGGUUCUCCCUGAGCCCAUCCGUCUCAGUCGCAGGGCUGCAACGUGGAUUGCUGCCGCCCCUGCUGCCUUUGGGGCCACCAGGCCCUGCUCUGGGCUGCUGCUUGUGCCGGGCUGGGAAGCUCCCUCCACCAUCACAUGUCUGGCCCCUGUGCAGCUGCUCUCUGGCGGCUGAGAAACGUGUCCUUGCUGAGAAACAUGUUGUCCCCAGCACAUGCCGUCAGGCCCGCUUCCUCCUGCUGACCUGCCCAAGGCAGGUGGACACCUCUGGCUUCAGCCUGCGGUGAGAGGGGCCCCCGGUCCCUGCGCCCCAUGUUUUGCAGCACCUUCAAGGGGCUGAGGCGUCGCUGAAGGCAGUGAUGGGAGCCUGGGCCCAUGCACUGUCCACCGUGGGUGCAGGUGGCCCCGGCUGUGUGCCCUGCUCUGAGCCGUGGCCCUGCUGCCCGCCUGCCCACCCCAUGUCCCCUCCACCUGCCUUUCAAGUGUAACUGGCCAUCGAUCUGCCGUGACAACGUCCUCUGAGUCACAUUCUCGCCUGCAGGAGUAAAGGGCAAAGGCCAAGUUCUUAGUUUUCAUAGAAAACUAAUUAGACGACUCCAUCGAAAAUAGGUCAAUAAAGCUGAUCAGGGGCUGCACAGAGGGAGCCAUUAAAACCCCUGUGACCUUUGUUUGGAGCAAGUGGGCUGGGGCUGCCCCUUCCCUCUGGGAGCUGCCCACUCUGUGCCAGCUGGACCACUGCGUCUCAGUCACCCAGUGGCACCGUGGCGCUGGGCAGGGUCCCUUGGGCACCUGGACAUGGCAGCGUUUCCUGCACAGCUUGGUAUGGCUCCUGUGCAUCAUGGUGGUGCUGUGCUCACACUGGCUCUGCUUCCUGGGGCAGAGCCAUGCUGGUUCCAGCCUGUAGCAGAGAGGCUCUAAGUGUGGUAGUGGCUGUGCGAGUACAGUGUGUCAGGCUGCAGGGCAGGGUGACAGAUGCCAGCAGGAGAUGGUGGUGGCUGUCACCCCACACCGGGCAGAAGGCUGCACUGGGGUGCACCUGUGGGUGCAGCCCAGCUGGGACGGGCUGGUGGCAUCCUCAGGGUAGAGCCGUCCUGGGGCACAAGCAAACCCGAGGUGGUGGGGGAGACUGCUGGGCCCACCCACGGUGCCCAUGCUGGAGAGGGGGCAGUGCUCCCAGCAGCAGGGAACCCAGACCUCCCUUUCAGAGCCAGAGUUUGCCUUUUUGGGG